CUCCGGCGCAGUAAGAAGAUCAAUUUCCUGAGGAGGCUUUUCCGCUAACAUGAGGAGUGCGAUAUUGUUAUCUGCUGCCAUUUUGGUGCUCCAUCCCUGCUGUGGCAGAUCAGUGGACUCCGAGGAGUCUGUGGUGAGUGUGUACACCACCCAGCCCACCACAGCCAGCACCAGCAGGCCUUUCGAUGUCUACCAUCAGAUAGCUAACAACAUCGCUGAAAGAAUCACCUCUCCAAUUUACAGAUUCCUCGGCAUAAAUCAUACAAAAUCAGACAAUGCGACAACAAAGAAACCAUGGGACAAAAUCGAACUCCUAGAUGAAUCCACUGAAGAUGUCACCAAGAUGGUGCUGUCUGCUGUGGACAACGAUAUAGAAGAAGACAAAGACGUCGAAGAACUUUCAGUCGAAGCCUUAAAGAAAGUAGACAAGAAACCUGAAAAGAUUGUAUUAUACUCCAGUUACUUACCUGUAAAACAGAUAAGCGAGGGAAAUGAUACACUGAAUGAAAUCGGUGAUGAUGACGAUGAUGAUUUAUUAGAUUUUGAUGAUAUCGAGGAGAAACCUAGGGAGAACAACUUCGUUUAUAUUUUAGAACUGUUAGGUAGCAUCGUGCAAUUGGUGUGGGGUGGUUUGCUAGCGUUCUUUAAACCCUCGAGGAACGACGAGAACUAGUUUUCUUGAGAUGAUUAUUAUAUCAUUGUAUUAUAUGAAUGUACGAUUUAGUAAUGAAAUUUAAGUAAAUAAUAAAAAGCACAGACCAAAAUAUAGCGCAUUACAUUCAGAAUAAAGGAAGAAUGAAAAGGAUAUUAAGUCAUGGUCGCCGAAAAUCAACACCAG